GUCCCAUAGUCCCAUGGGUUUUAUCAACUGUGUGUGUGUCUCCAGCUUAUGUAGGUAGCUAUAACGACGUUAGUUCUUGUUUAUGUCACAGAUAUCUAUGUAAUCUAAGGAGCAUAUCCCAUUUUAUUAGACUCCUUGUUUAUGGAUAUCAAUCCUAUAUAUGUAUAUGAGCGCAGGGUACAACACCUUAAAGCUUCAUCGAAAUGGCACAUCGGCAACGGCAGAUUCUCGGCCACGCUGCAACCUCUCUUGCCGUAUUUCUCUUUAUUGCAAUUUUCCUUCCCCAUGCAACAGCAGAAGACAAACUCAACCCCGUAACCAAUCAGAAUUUAAACCCUACCCAGGCUUGGAGGAGUUCUGAAUAUUGCAUGCAGAAUAUCUCGGCACCGUGUCAAACGGGCCUGAAGAACUACACCCUAACCUCGACUGGGUGGCUGAACGUCACCGCUGCUGCCGGCCCCAAGUUCUGCGAGGCAGGAGGCUGUGCAGACCACACGAGGGCAGUGCUCCUCUGCCUCAAACAUGUCAAGAGAGACUACUGGUUUGCCAAUCGUGCAACUGUCCAAGAUCUCUACGACACCAUAGAUGAUGGCUGCAAAAACGGCGGUACAGGUUUUACUGGAGUCAGCAAGUACGGUUCUCACCUCCCCAACUAAGCCCCCGCUCCUUGCAAAAUCAGAAUAGUAGAUAUAUAUGUAAUAAAAACACAAAUCAAUGUGUUACAUGUAUUCAGAUUUCAAAUACGACCACAAAAUCACUAAUAAUAUAGAGCUAUUUCUUGCUAUUUCAUUCAGACCAAAAUGCAUUUUGAUCAGACGUAUUCACAAAUUGAGAAAUGGAGUAUUGCAUACACAACCAUCAAGAGUUAACCACAAACAAAAAAUACCACACCAACACUGUUUUAUUCUCGAUUAACCAUAGACGAAAUACUAUGGAGGUCUACGCCAAUCGACUAUUCAGCAUUUAUCCCAUGGCAUACUUCUGAGUCCAGCUGCGAGCAGUAGACUCAUAUUUGGUCCGGUCUGUCUUGUACAUAUGAGCAAUUUCAGGCACCAGUGGGUCGUCAGGGUUUGGGUCCGUCAACAAAGAGCAGAUAGACAACAGGACCU